GUUGUUUUGUGAGGCGGAUGGAUAUUCACGCAUGACGCGGUGAGUUCCGUUCAUGCUUUGUGCGGCCUACUUUUACGGCCGGACCGGAGUCAGUAGAGGAAACACAGAGGAGAGCGGCGGCAUCGGACACCGCCUGGGUCUUCAAAAUGACGCAGUUCCUUCCCCCGAACUUGUUAGCUUUGUUUGCUCCAAGAGAUCCAGUUCCAUAUUUGCCACCUUUGGAUAAACUACCUCAUGAAAAGCAUCAUAAUCAACCAUACUGUGGAAUUGCUCCUUAUAUCAAAGAAUUUGAGGACCCCAGAGAUGCUCCUCCACCAACUAGGGCAGAGACCAGGGAUGAGCGGAUGGAAAGGAAGAGGAGGGAGAAGAUUGAAAGACGACAGCAAGAUGUGGAAAAUGAACUGAAAGUUUGGGAUCCUCAUAAUGAUCCAAAUGCUCAAGGAGAUGCAUUCAAAACACUAUUUGUUGCCCGAGUGAACUAUGACACAACGGAAUCUAAACUACGAAGAGAGUUUGAGGUGUAUGGACCUAUUAAACGCAUUCACAUGGUUUAUAACAAGCGCUCCGGAAAGCCUCGUGGUUAUGCCUUUAUCGAAUAUGAACAUGAACGAGAUAUGCACUCGGCAUACAAGCAUGCAGAUGGAAAGAAAAUUGAUGGACGGCGUGUGCUGGUCGAUGUUGAGAGAGGACGUACAGUCAAAGGCUGGCGCCCUCGUAGACUUGGUGGUGGUCUAGGAGGCACUAGACGCGGUGGGGCUGAUGUCAACAUAAGGCAUUCCGGUAGAGAUGACACAUCCAGAUAUGAUGAGAGGGACCGUGAUCGAGAGAGGGAGAGAGACCGCCGAGAUCGCAGCCGUGACAGAGACAAGGAGCGAGAGAGGAGACGGAGCCGCUCCAGAGAGCGUAGAAGGCGAUCCUCCCCAAGCCGUGAGAAGGAUGAUAGGAAGCGUAGCAGAGAAAAGAGUAGAGACAAGGAUAAGGACAAGGACAAAGAUAAGGACAAAGAUAAGGAUAAGGACAAGGAUAAGGACAAAGACAGAGACCGCAAGCGCAGGAGUCGCAGUAGAGACCGCAAACGUGAUAGGGACCGUGACCGGGAAAAGAAAGAAGAGCGAACAGAGGGGGAAGCUGGAGAAAAUGCGGAGGUUAAUCUUGAAGAAGUACAAGUUGGUGAUGGUGUUUUGGAUGGAUUAGAGGCCAAGCCAGAACCGGAAGAAAAGGGUAGGGAUCGUGAUAGAGACCGGGACAGGGAUAAGGACAGAGAAAAAGAAAGAGACAGGGAUCGAGACAGGAGGCGUAGCCAUAGAGAUAGGGAUCGGGAUAAGGAUCGGGAUAGAGACAGAGAUAGGAGGCGAGACAGAGAUAGAGAUCGAGAUCACAAGCGGGAUAGAGACCGGGGUGACCGCAGUGAGAAGCGAGAGGAGAGAGUUCCUGAUAAUGGUUUGAUUCCAGAACCUCCAGCAGAAGAGACAAGCCAAGAUAUGUACUUAGACCAGGAAUCCAUGCAGUCUGGAGACGGAUAUUUAUCCACAGAGAACGGCUAUGUCGUGGAGCCUCCUAUGGAGUGACCUACCUGAGUUUACUAAGUCUUCAUUUGGACUCCUCUUCUGUAGUCACGCUUCUGUGCGUGUAUCUCAGCCACAUCCACAUAAAUGUUUCACUUGUGCAUAUGACCUGGGAUUUUCCAUCUGUGGAUAACUAUGAAGUUUCGAAGCAGUUAAACUACAACAUUUAAUUGGAACAUUUGCAUUUUUCCCCUUCUAGGUGGGUAUGUUUUACAAUUUGUGAUGGUCAUCACCCAACUUGUGUAAAAUUGCUUACGUUAUUUUAUUUCCUUUUUUUUUAUGGCCUCUCAAAUAAAACCAUUUUAAUGUUA